AUGGCGCUCUCAAGCCGAGCCUCCAAGCUCACAACCCCCGAUCCCUCAGUCGGUUUCAUCCUAGACAACUGGAACGCCAAUUCCAAUCCAUCGGGCUAUGUAAACCUCGGCGUCGCAGAAAACUACCUCAUGCACGAAUCUCUCUCAGAGCACUUCCACGCCAAUCUCAAAAUCCCUACUUCGGCUUUCACUUACGGCGACUUCUGGAAGCGCGGCAGAACCGCCAUUGCACGCUUCCUCUCGAAACACUUGAAUCCCGUACAGCCUAUAAAGCUGGAGCAUGUGGCUGUUACGAGUGGCUGUACUUCUGCUGUCGAGCAUCUGGCUUGGGCAUUUGCCGAUCCGGGAGAGUACAUCCUUCUCGGACGACCGUAUUACGGGGCUUUUCCAAGUGAUGCGACGCUUCGUACUGGAACGAAGCUGGCAUUUGUCGAUUUCAAAGAAGACGAUCCGCUAGGAGUAAACUGCGUCAAAAGAUACGAAGACAGGCUCUUAGAAGCCCGAGCAAGAGGUGAAAAAGUGACUGGCCUGCUCCUCUGUCACCCGCAUAACCCCCUCGGACGAUGCUACUCCCGAGAAGUCCUCAUCGACCUGCUCAAAUUCUGCAACAAGUACAAGCUCCACCUCAUCAGCGAUGAAAUCUACGCCCUCUCAAUAUUCGAAAACAAAAUCGACUCAAGUCCGCCUCCAGAGCCUUUCCACUCAAUCCUCUCCAUCGAUCCCACAGGCUUGAUAGAUCCCUCGCUCGUGCACGUCCUAUGGGGCAUGUCCAAAGACUUUGGCGCAAAUGGUCUACGCCUAGGCGCCGUCAUCUCGCAGCACAACGUGGACCUGAUGACGGCACUCGGCCCUGCCGUCCUGUUCUCCACCAUCUCGUCCCUUUCGGAGCACGCAUUUGCCAAUGUGCUAGAGGACGAUGCCUGGGUCGAAAACUACAUCAAGGAGAACCAGCGCAAACUGGCCGAAUACUACGAAUACAUCACGAAUUGGGCCAAGAAAAACGACAUUGUCUAUGCGCCAGGUGUCAACGCCGGGUUCUUCAUCUGGGUCGAUCUAGGAAGAUCAUAUCUCAAACACCAGGAGAAUCCCGAUGCCAUAAAGCCCGAGGAUCUCGAUGGAGUCGUUAUGAACGCCUUGCUGAAACAUAAAGUCUUCCUUGCAUCAGGAGAACGGUUCGGAUCUGAGAAACCCGGUUGGUUCCGCAUUGUCUUUUCUCACGACAAGGACUAUCUGAUUGAGGGCCUGAGCCGGAUCGUCGCCGCAGUGACAUCUCCUGAGACGUUGCGAAAUUGA